AUGCCCAGAAUACUUCGUUUCACGAAUAGUCAACGACGUACCAUCGUCUCCGCUUUGUUCGCCUGCACAUUUCUCGCGUCUGUGGUCACCGUUUCCGCGUCCAACUUCUUACCGUGCCCGGCGCAUCCCACUCGUAAUCGCUUUGCCGACGAUGGCAGCAACGCCCCCGUACGCUCAGGGUCCGUGACAGUGGAGAAAAGGCCGAGGAGGUGGAUAGAAGAGACCAGGCCAAACUCGCAGUGA